UCUUGCGCACAUGUAUGAAAACGAAUUGUUCCUCACUUUAAAUAACUAAAUAACUACCAGGACUGGUUGUGUAUCUCAGUGAAACUCGAGCCAAAGGUUAAGGAGAGCCAUGUUCCUCAAGCAGAAUAAUACAGCAGUUGGGCGUGAAGUAUGAGUGGCACAGUUGGCUAACACCGUGUGCACUGACGAGAGAUUAUUAAUGAACUUUAGCGCACAGGACAGUUGUGGUGUGGCCGCUUUUCUUUUACUAGGAAGUGGGAUGUGGUGGCACGGAUUCACAGCUGUUUGUAGGAAUAUGUGUAGCUAUAAAUCUUUAGUGGGACAUCGGUCAAAGUAGUUAUUUCUUAUCUAUACUACCAGACAUCCGCGAGAGGUAUGUGACUCCGCGGUAACGUGAAGUACAGAGUUAAAUAAGAUGAUUAUGAGGUGAUGUUAGAGCCGGAGCUCAGAAUGUCUACAGUGGAUCGAGUAUUAAAAUCAUAUCUAGCCGGCGGUGAUGGAGAGCAAAAUGAAACCGCUGCAGAAUGGAAGAGCAGGAAAGCAGAGCGCGCGCGGGCUCCAGUGCCGCUCUCUCAUCAGGUGGCUGGACACAAGUACGGCAUCCAUAAAGUCGGUAUCCUACAACACUUUGAUGGCACUGUACUCAAACAGCUGCAGCCUCCACCCAGAGGCCCAUGUGAGAUGCACUUUUACACACAGGUGUUUGCUCAAGAAUGUAAAGAUCCACACCUACUGGCCUUACAACAACACCUACCCAAAUACUAUGGCACAUGGUCACCUCCAAAUAAACCAAAGGAGCUGUAUCUGAAGCUGGAGGAUGUGGCUGGGAGGUUUGCAUGUCCAUGCAUCAUGGAUGUGAAGAUUGGGAGGAAGAGCUAUGAUCCCUUUGCCUCACACGAGAAACAAGAAGAGCAGAUUAGAAAGUAUCCUCUAAUGGAAGAGAUUGGGUUCUUGAUUCUAGGAAUGAGGGUUUACCAAGUAGAUUCAGGAAGCUAUAUUAGUCAAGAACAAUCCUAUGGACGCAGCCUGACAAAGAAAACACUCAAAACUGGAUUAGCUAGAUUUUUCCAUAAUGGAGAGGAGCUGAGAAAAGAUGCCAUUUCUCUUAGCAUCCAUAAAAUCUGUGACAUCCUGCACUGGUUUGAGGGCCAGAAACAGCUCCACUUCUAUGCUAGCUCUCUCUUGUUUGUGUAUGAGGGCUCUCUUCACAUAGCCAAUACAAAGAACAGAACUGAAGGUCUGACAAGACAGAAUGAUAAAGCUGGGCCAGAGAACAAAACUAAUGUUCAUGUCACUAGCUCAAAGUUGAAGAGCUCCUGCGGGCAGGUAAACUGUAGUAGCAUUCUCGAAGCCAUUCACUAUGUGAGGAAAGUGAAUGGGUUUGGGUCUCACUCUCUACAUCACCAGGCUAAUGGAAUGACUGCUGACAUGGACUCAAAAACAAACAAUGUGGUUGAAGACAAGAGCUCAAAUGAAGGGAAGGAGGAAAAUGUGGAGGUCAGGAUGAUUGAUUUUGCCCAUGUGUUUCCCAGUGACAGCUCAGAUGAUGGCUACAUAUAUGGACUGAGGAGCCUCCUCUUUGUUCUGGAGCAGAUCCUCCAAGACUGACUUCCUUAUAGUGACAAUAAAAGGCAUUCAUUCAUUCAUUCAUUCAUUCAUUCAUUCAUUAAGGCAAUUUAUAUGGCUUGGAUAACUCAAAACUACCAUAGACUUUUUUCUAUCCUAUGUUUAUCAAAGCUCAUCUUAUAAGGAUGUAGAAAUACUGAGGUAGAGUCAGUCAUCUAUUAUAUAAUGAAUGAUAUAUUAGAUAAACUUUGUAGCUGCUUAUAAUCAGACACCGCUGGUGCUAGAAUACAGGAGGGAAGAUGUUCAGUGUAGAUAUUUUUACUCUAAAUCACCAAACGGCCUGGAAAUCACCCCCCAAAAACAGCUGAAUGUAAGUGGCACUGAAUGUAAUUUAAAUAUAUUCAAAAAAUAACUGGAAGAUCAAAACCAGACUUCUCUAGAGCACAGCUCUAAUGUGAACAUUAGAAAACCUUAAAACACGAAAGCAUUAAAUUCUUUCUAACCA